UGUUCACUGUUGUCGGAGAGAAGAAGAAAGACAAUGACGAUGAGUAACAACAACAACAACAACAACAACAGUAUGGGGCAGUUCGGGGAUACGACACUGACGAAGGUGUUCGUAGGGGGAUUGGCAUGGGAGACUCAGAAGGAGACCAUGAGAGAGCACUUCGAGAAGUACGGCGAGAUCCUGGAGGCAGUUAUCAUCGCCGACAAGAUCACCGGUCGCUCCAAGGGCUAUGGAUUCGUGACGUUCAAGGAAGCUGAAGCCGCGAAGAAGGCGUGCGAGGACGCGACACCGGUGAUCAACGGCCGCCGAUCCAACUGCAACUUGGCUUCGCUUGGGGCUCGUCGCCCCAGGUCCAACCCUUCCUCCACUCCACCCCUGCAACUACAAGGAUCUAACGCUGGAGCAAGGUCCACGUCAUCAACACCUGCGACUCAAGUGCAGUGGUACUACCCUGCGGGCACACUGGCUUCUCCCUACCACCAUCACCAUCAAGCCGUUCCUUACUACGGGUACUCUCCCGCUUACAUCGCCGCAGAUUAUGGCUACAAUCCGAAACUAAGCUACACGGGAGGUGCGUACGUGAAUGGGGCUCACUUUUCAUAUGGACCUGGGGGAGGACAACGGAUGUUGAACUCCAACAGUGUGAUGCCGGUGUAUCCUUUCUACCACUUCCAUCAAUCGCAGACAAUGGGAGUACCUACUCACAUGUACCCACCCACGACAGCUGGCCCCAUCACGACCGUCCCUACUCUCAUAUCCAAGCCUCCUUCCAUUGCUCCUAAUGCAGUUUGUUUGGCUGUGGAAUAGGUACAGCGACCCAAGGUGGAGAGGAUUAGAAAAGGAGGUCCAAAAUUCUUGAAAGAAAGUUCUAAGUAACCAAAAGGAAGACAGGAGAUUGCUGCUGAUGCUAUUCAAGAAUCAGGACAAGCAUAGUUUA